GCGCACGCAGGUAGGGCGUGGCAAGGCGUGUCUUUUUCCUGCACAGUGUUUUGAAUCAUCACUCGAAUUAGACUCUACAGACAACCGAACUGAGGAGCAGCACUGGGCCACGCUUGGAUCACUCAGUGGGGCAAGAUGACUUCAUACACGUGGAUUUUACUUCUUCUGGCAAGUCUUGUGGCAACAAGAGCGCAAGACUUUGACCUCGCUGAUGCUUUCGAUGACGAUGCCCCUGCGAAGCCAACAGAGAAACCAGCCCCACCGAAAAUCCCAGAUUCAGAGCCUAAAAAACCUGCAGUGGUUCCCCCGAAAACAGACGAUGGUGACUUAAAUCUGUUGGAUGCAUUCGGUACAGAUGAUGUGACCAAAAAGCCUGUGGUUCCACCCAAAGAGAGAGGAACUGGAGGUGGAAGUUUUGAUGACAAAGACCUCUUUGACCUGAAUGAAGGGGGUGAAUACAAGCCGGAUGGAGGCCGAAGUGGAGGUCGUGGAGGAGAUAUUCCUCAGGAUAAUGAAAAUGGUGGAGCCUCUGAUCAGCCUCAAGGCGGAGCCAUGGCUGCCAUCAUCAGUUCUGUGGGUGUUGCCAUCCUCGGUGCCGCCUCAAGUUACUUUGCUUACCAGAAAAAGAAACUGUGUUUCAAAGUACAGGGAGGGGAGGAUCCAGAGAGUGGCAAAAACCGUGGUACUCAGUCUGAGCCUCAAGUUCUCAGCAACCUGCUCCGUUCAUCAUAACUGCGUUGGAUCAGCACACUGAAAGUAUAUAUGCACACUGAGCAUGUACAGUUAUAGGGGAGCCGAACCCUGUGGGACACGUUACAUGAAAGGCUUGUUUAAAACUAAUGUUUUAAGAAUGUUAGUGUAAUUGUUUUUUUUUCUUCUGUUUUUAUUGGAUUAUAUAAGUUGUAUUGACUCUAAUCUUUAUUUUAAGAAUGUUUUUUUUUUCUGUAUUCAAUAUUUUGUGUAACUGAUUGUUCAUCUUUAGAGGAAGUAGAGUCACUAAAUGGCUUUUAGUGUUCUUUUAGUAUUUUAAAUAGUGCCAAUGUAAGAUAUUGCACUUUGAAAUGACAAAUGUUUGCUAUUUUUGUAGACGUACAGCAAGUUGCAUAAGCCAGGGACUUGCUUUUGUAAAGUGCAAGCUGUCUAUACACAGGCGAAUGAAUCAGGCUUGUGUUCAUUCUUGCAUUGCUCUGAAUUAGAAACUGCCUUCUUUCCCAAUCAAACAGAAGACUAUGAGCAAAAGGAUGCUGAAGAGAAACUGAGUUAUGGUGGCAAAAUGUCAAAUAAAAUAAAAAGGAAUGAGAUUAAAAUGAUGGGAUUUCAACGUCAUUUCUGCGUCAUUUGCAUUUUUUAUAUUUAAAUAAAUGUACAUUUGAAUUGAAUAAACAGACAAGGUAAAAAGACAACUAUUACUUAAAUACUGCUGAAGAUAGAUGAGUUUAAAAUCACAAGUAACUUGCAUUGAAUGUGUGUGUGAUGCACCUCUUUUACCACAUCCAGAGAAACUAUGAUUGAUGAUUUAUUGUUUGUAUAACAAAGUGUCUGUCUAAAAUAUGCAUUUGCUGUUUCUUAACCAAAUAAAGUAUUGUGUCCAUUUCUGGAUUAAGAA